AUGAUUACUCCUGCCUUUUCAGUCGACCAAGAUGAUAAUUUUAUAAAAAUUAAUGUUCAUGUACCUUAUGUUAAGGCACAAGAUGUAGAAUUUUACAUAGAAAAUAAUGAAUUCAAGUUUUUCCUUCAUCCAUAUUAUCUAAGAUUAAGAUUCCCAGGAAAUAUUGUUGAAGAUGAUCGUUCAGAGGCAUUGCUUGAUAUAUCGAAAGGUGAUAUUAAUGUAAAAUUGGCAAAAGAAAAUCCUGGAGAAUAUUUCCCGGAUUUAGAUCUUUUGACUAAACUUUUGGCCAGACAAAGAGAAAAUUCUCGUGAUCAAGAAAAACAGAAAUCUUCAAAGACUUUAAUCGAGGUUGUUGAGGAGAAAAGAGGGUGUGAUGAUAAUGAUGUGGAAAAUCGAAUGGAAAAAAGAUUCUCAGAGUUUGAUGAAGCUUUAGAUUUUGACUGGGAAAUUGAACAAGAAAUUCCAAAGCAACCGGAAUUAUUAAUCACAACACGUUAUGGUUUCAAUGAACAAUAUAAUCGAUACUUUACUCACGUCCAAGAGACUUGUAAUGAGAUUAAUGAGAUCAAGGAUCCGGAGAGCUCAACAUUUGAAUCCAGACGUAGAGAUCGAAUUGAGGCCGAGGAUAUUAAAUUUGAUGACGAGGGUGAUUAUGCUUCUGAUGAGGAAAUUAAACGCGUCAUGAAUUAUAAAACUGUGUGGUGGAAACUUUUACGUAAAAUACAAGCUACCAAAGAAGAAUCAAAGUCUUCAAUUGUUGACUCUUCAAAUGCAGAAAGUAAACCUGCAAUAACAGGGGAAUCUUCAAAAUCACUCGGCACUUCAACUACAUCCAACUCCUCAAAUAGCAAGAUAGAGAAUGAGGUCAUCGCAUCCGCACAAAAUCAGCAAAGCAAUGGUGCAACUUUUUCAAAGAACUUUUUACAAUUCACAAAACGUGAACAAGAGAUAAUGUUGAAUUUACCGAAUAAAGAAUAUCUCCUUGAUGAUGAAAAAUCAAUUUACCUUGGAUUAAUAGACUUACUUUUUGCAUACAGCUACAAUCAUCGCAUGACCGAAGGCGAGAAUACCAUAGAGUCUGUAUGGACUGUGGGAAAACUAAGCUCGACGAUAUCAUGCCUUGAGCGUUUUGCAACCCUAAAAAGCACAAUAACCGCAUUGUAUCGUCGCGCACUAUCAUAUCCACUCUACCGAAACUACGAACUCUGCGAAAAAAUUCUCCAAGAUGUAUACGUGAUUUUAAAACUAGGCAGACGCGCAAUCCUUAAAUGUCUCAUGGAAUUAAAAGAAUUAUUUGAUCAUCAUGACGUUUAUUAUGUGUAUUCGAAAAUAUGGAUUGAUGAUUAUUGUGUUUGGUGUAUGAAAGCAAGUGAUUCGAUUAUUCGAGCCCUUGCACAUCAAAUACAUAAUUUCAAGUUGACCAAAUCGGAGAUUGGAUGGAAUUUAGAAGAAUUGGAACAAUUAGUGAAAGAGACUGAAGAUUAA